AUGUUUCUCCCUAUUAUCCAACUGAUCUUCCUUAAUUUGCCUCAUAUGACAUAUUGCAUUUCACUAAAAGGCCAAACAGUCGAAUUAAAUGGAAUUUCAUUUUACCUCCCGCCAAAGGUUCUUGGUACAUUCGGCUUCGAUAACAGUCCAGCUGUCGGGAAUUUGACGGAACCUUUGUAUCCUAUCACUUUCAUAGACAUCGCUAGCGAUAAUCGUUCUCUAGAUACAAUUAUUGCGGGUUAUCAAUCAUUGGAUGAUGUUUUCAAUAUUGGGUUUUUGAAAGCGCCUGAACUGACCAGUUGUCAAGUCAUUUUCCACAAUGGGCACUCAAAUGACGCUAUACAAGACUUGCAGACAGUCAAGUCAAAAUAUGAUGUCGAAGCCAUCUUUCCAUAUCCGGUCGAUGCUUCUAAGCCGUCCCUUCCCCCUGGGCCAUAUUUCUGGUCUCCAGCAUCAGGAAUAAUAAACGCCGCGUAUCGACUCUAUUCAGACGAACAAGGGGCCUUUACGCAAGGCCUAAUACCCUUGGAGGAUGGCUCUUACGAUGUGAUACCUGCCGCUGUACCAGGAGCCGGGUCGAUGACCAUUGGGGUACUGUCAAGGCUGCAAUCUACGAAGGAUCCGGCGAAGCCACUAGCAGGUGUACGCCUUGGAGUGAAAGACAUCUUCGAUGUUGCUGGUAUCAAGUCCAGUGGCGGAAAUAGGGCUUACUAUAAACUGUCUCCCCCCGCGAAUGAGACAGCCCCCGCCAUCCAGAAGCUAAUCGAUGCUGGGGCUGUUUUGAUUGGAAAAAUGAAAACCAGUCAAUUUGCGAAUGGAGAGGUGAGUCAGAAAAUUAUACUUUUGGUUGAUUACCAUGCUCCAUUCAACCCGAGAGGAGAUGGUUAUCAAGACCCGGGAAGUUCAAGCAGUGGUCCGGCAGCUGGAGUGGCGUCAUACGACUGGCUCGACUUGGCCAUAGGAACAGACACUGGAGGCUCCAUACGUGUUCCUGCCGGGGUGAAUGGUGUGUACGGGGUCCGGCCAUCUCAUGAUUCAGCUUUGCUGAAAGGGAUCAUACCCCUCUCGCCUGAGAUGGAUACAGUUGGAAUCCUGGCCCGAAACACAACGCUGUUGAAAGAAGCUUCGAAAGUACUAUACGGCGGUCUCGGAGCUAACGCUUCUCUGCCACGAAAACUAUACCUAGUUGACUUUCCCACUAACCGAUCGAGCCAAAGCGAUAAGAUUCUUUUAGAUUUUACUGCAUCACUUGCAGAUACUCUCCACAUAACUGCCGAAGUCUUUGACAUGAAAAAGAUAUGGAACUUGACUGCCCCGAAAGAGGCAAAUGGUGCCGGACUUGUUGACUUUGUUGGUGACAUUUUUCCGCUGUUGACUGCAAAGGAGCAGCUUCAGCUAGUGGGAAACAAACUAUACACUCAAUACAAAGCAGAGAACAACGGCCGGCUACCUUUCAUUGACCCAAGUCCCUGGAUCCGGUGGAAUUGGGGAACAGAACAAGCAGACACAUCUCUAGAUGAGGCUUUUCACAAUAUGAGUAUCUUUGCCAGUUGGUGGCACUCUCAUGGACAGGCAGGCGGCCCAGAUUCAUGCUCUGAUUCUCUAUUUGUUUAUCCUCAAUCGAUCGGAGAGACCAUAUAUCGAGAUGGUCCAUACCCAAUUGAUUCACCAGGAAUUCCGUCGGGGUUUGGAAUCGAUCGUGUUCCUUCGUUCGUAGGUUCGCCUGAUUUCACGUUGUCAAUUGGAGAAAUUGAAUAUCACUCAAGGAUCACAAACCGAACUGAAGUCCUGCCUGUUUCUGCUGAUAUAAUGGGAGGUAAAGGGUGUGAGGGGAUGCUAUUUAAUGUGAUAGACAAACUAGUCGCGGCUGGAAAGUUGAAAGGAAAACUCCAUACUGGAAAGUCAUUGUACGGUUUGAAUUAG